AUGGGAAAUAAAAUACAUGAAGUUCAAACAAUAAAAGGUGAUACAAACCAACUAUGUUUUGUGAAAAUGUUAAUAAAUAAUUUAUUGGCUGGAUCCAUCAUUGGGAAAAAUGGAGAAAUAAUAUCAGGGAUAGAAAAUAAAACUGGUUGUAGUUUAAAACUAUCACCAAAUAAUUCAUUUUUUCCAAAUACGCAAAAAAGAGUUUUAGUUAUAUGUGGAAAACAAGAACAAAUAAAUAAUGUAAUUAUAAUAAUUUUAGAUAAAAUAAGACAAAUAUCAUUACCAAAUAAUAAAAGUGAAAAUAAAAUACAAACCUAUACAUGUAGAAUUGUAGUUCCAAAAUCAGCAGUAAGUGCUAUAAUUGGAAAGGGUGGAUAUCAAAUUAAACAACUACAAAAUAUUACAGGAACUAAAAUUCAAAUAUCAAAUCGUGAAUAUGGAUUAUAUGAAAGAAUUAUAACUAUAGUUGGACCAUUUGAAUCGAUUAAAGAUACAGCAACAAAAGUGAUAGCUUCAAUUCAAACUGAUCCUAAUUUAAAAGAUUUAUUAAAUGUUAAUUACAAUAAAGAAUUAAACAUUGAAACGAUUACAAAAAGUAAUAAUAGAAAUGAUAUUCGAAAUAUGUCUCAUAAUUUUAUUAAUCAUGUACAUAUGGGUAGGUAUAUAAUACCACAGCAAUAUGGUGUAUUUCGGCAUGAACAAUAUGUAGAUGCAAAUAUGAUGAAUUAUUUAAUGAGAAAUAAUCGUGAUUUAUUUAAUUUACCAUGUGAAAUAUUUAUAGAAAUUCCAGAUGAAUUUAUCGGAUCCGUUAUUGGUAAAAACGGUGCUCGACUUACAAAUAUUAUGAACAGUACAGGUGCACAAAUAAAAAUAAGUAGAAAAGGAGAACUAGUACCUGGAACUUUUGAUCGAAAAACCCAAAUAAUAGGAACUGUUGCAGCAGUACACGCUGCUCAUGUUUUAGUUUUACAAAGGUUGGAAUUUGCUUAUAUGCAAAUAAAAUUUGAUAUAUAA